AUGGCGUUCUCGGGUGCUGGAGCAAGUAAUCCUACCUCCUAUUACAGCAACGCUCCUGCUACGGAUCAGAGUGAUCAGACUGCUCGGGCUCAGGAUCAAGGUGACGGAAGGGUUUGGGAUGAUUCUUCUUGGAACCGGGGUGAUCAAUGGGCUUGGCAGGGAUGGUAUAGACCAUACGGCUACCGCUAUCACUGGUCUUGGGGUUCAAAGGCCGAGUGGAGUACAGACGGUGGAGAUUUCUCCAGUGGAUCACCGGGCGAGGGUGAUGAUGAUCAGGGCUCAGGUGGGCGCCAAGAUGAGCAUCCAUCGCAUGAGCUCCGCAGUUCCGAGGGCGAGAAUGCGGGUUACAAUCGGAGGGCUUCUUGGAAUUCUUCCGGGAAGUGGGCUGGAGACUCAUCGACAGGGAUCUCUAAUUCACAUGAUGAUGGGAACCUGGGGUCCGAGGCCACAGCUACGAAGGGCUCUUUCAACGAGAGGAUGGCAGUUCCGGGAUUCGAUGCUCAGAGUUCUGGGGAGGAGCUUGGCAUGAGCGCUAGGUCUUAUCUUCGCCAGGUGGACGCAUGGUGCAAGGUAACGAGGACACCCAAACAUCAGCAAGCCCUUCUACUCUAUCAGAACCUCUCGGGAAGGGCAUGGGUUGAAUCAGAGGAAUUGAGCGUUGAGGAUCUCUCGGGCAACAACGGUGUAUCAAUCUUUCGAGCUUGGAUUCAAGAAAGGUAUCAGGAAGUCGAAGUGUCAAAGAUUGCGGAAAGCCUUACUGCAUUCUUUAAGCGGCUUCGUCGUCAAUCUGGGCAAACCAUCAGGGAAUUCAACUCGGCUUUCGAUAGGAGUCACUCCCGACUCCUAGAAAUCGACUGCCGCCUCCCAGAGGUGGCAAAGGCAUGGGCCUAUCUCAACGCGCUUAGCCUGAGCAGUUCAGAGGAAUUGGCUUUGCUGGCUUCGGUAGGGAAUGAGUACAAUGUGACAAAGUUGCAGCGCGCAGCAGUGUUGCAUGAAAGGUCCCUACGCCCUCCUUGGCAACCCCGGAAAGGGCCUUAUCAGGACAUUGGCGGUAAAGGGCAGAAGGGGGUCAAGGCUUCCUAUAUGACUGGGGUCGAUGAGGUUGAUGAGGAUGAAGAGGUUUACCAGGGGGCAGAUGACGAGGUGCUUGCAGAGGAAGAAGCCGUUGCGAUGCACGAGGCGUAUGUAGCUCAGGAGACCGCAAAAGCCAGAUAUCGUGAGGUCUCCAAAGCACGGGGUGUGGAUCCUAGUGUGCUGCGGAAGGGUGUCAGUGAGAAUCCGGGGAAAUCCAACAUCGAGGAGCGCCUUGCACAGGCGAAGGCACGAUCGUUCUGCGCCGGGUGCGGCAGGCGAGGACACUGGCACAAGGACAGCACAUGUCCUCUCAACAAACCGGAGAACCAGCAGCUCGGCAACAAGGGGAAUGUCCCUAAGUCCGGCGGGGAUCAACAGGCCCAUGUGACAUCCUCCAGCGGUGAUGGGAGCGGAUCGGUUGUUCAGGUUGCUUACGAGGUCGGGUACCCGAGUGGCAACAAACUGUAUGCAAUCACGGACACCGCUUGCAGUAAGUCGGUUAUGGGUCAAGGAUGGCUUGAAUCCUACUUGAAACUGGCGAGGAACGCGGGCCUGGAAACCCAGUUUGUGAACGCCUCGGACGAUUUCAGGUUUGGUGCUUCGAAACUCUUCCGAGCUACAUACACAGCAACCAUCUUGAUCGAGGUUGGCGGUAAACCGUUUGCGGUCAGGGCUUCGGUGGUCGAGGGUGAGGUUCCGCUCCUUCUCAGUCGGAAGGUCCUGAGUGUUUUGGGCAUGGUGUACGAUGUCGAUGAGAACACGGCACGGUUCAAGCACCUGGGAGUCGACAACAUCAUGCUUUCGACCACUGACAAUGGCCACCCCGCCUUGAUCGUGAAUCCGAGGGUAGGUCAUAAUCCCAAGUUGCCGUCACCCCAAGAGUGGGCUGAUGAUGAGGUGAAGCUACUCCCUCUCGCCAGGAAGCAAUACACGGUGCAUACAUCUCUCAUGACCUCGUCUCACGAUCUUGAGGUCGAACACCAAUAUGUUAGCGGAGGUGUAGAUAGCAAACUUCCCUCGCGAGGACCGCUGGCGAGUGUGACUCCAAGACUAUUUUACCCCAAGAAGAUCAACCCGACUAUCCGGAAUCUCUUGAGUGCCACUGCCCUUAAUCAUGAAAUGUUUGCAGCUUGGGGGAGUCGAACCCCUAUUACCAAGGACUUCUGGAUUGAGACACCAAGUGCACCUCGGCAAUUUCAUGUGGGAGUUCGCAUGCGUUACAUCAAGUGCAUGACGCAUGGAGAGGGGAAACGAGUUCACAACAUCCAGUUCUAUGGGUCGGCAGGACUGUUUUCUCCCGAGCUUCCUGUAGCACUCCUUUUGAAGAUUCCCUCUCGAAUCCUGCGGUUGCUGCUCCUGAAGAUGGCCUCCUCAUCCGAGACAACGGGGAAUGUGUGGCACAUGACGAAGGCGCAGCUCAUCUCGAAGGCGAUGGGCAUGGGGAUCACGAUCCACCAAUCUUGGAGUGUGGGCGAAAUUCGCCAGCUUAUCCAGGAGAAGAAGAAGGCCAUGGGCGAGAUCUCAGAGGUCCCGAAAGGGUUGGCAUCAAUGAACAAAGCCCAACUCCUAGAGCAGUGCCGGUUGUUGGAAAUCGAGGUGCCCGAGAAGGCGACGAAUGGCCACUUGACCCUCCUCAUCCGGGACUGUUGCACCAGGAACAAAGGGGAUGCGGUGGUGAGUUUCGGGCGACACCGCGGCAAGUUGUUCCGGGAAGUACCCCAGAGUUAUCUUCGCUGGGCUUUGGCAGAGGUAAAGGAGCGGGGCCCGGAAGGGUCCAGCCCGGACUUAGUGAGCCUGAGCAGGUUCGCGGCGCAAGUCCUCCAGGAGGUUCCCGAGGUGAACAACAAGGAUCCGGAAAUGAACUCCAUGGUGCCAGUGCCGCAGGACGUGGAGUCGGUGGUGAGCUGGGGAUCCGAGGGGUGGAGCGAGUUGUCUCCCGAGGCCCGGAAGCUCAACAGCCAGGCGAACUCAAGGCAGGUGUCGAUGGCUGCGCCGAAGAGCGCUAUGCGGUCCCCAUCGGUGAAGCGAACCACGGAUCAUCAGGGCGAGCCCGGGAAGGCGAUGAUGAAUCAAGAUGUGCCUCCAGAGGUGAAAAAGGAGAUCGACGAGCUGAUGGCGAAGGUGGCAUCGCUAAAGGAUGAAGACCUUCAGAGCGAACCGGAUUUCGAGGUUAAGACCCAGGAGAUCCAUGUCCUCCCCGGGGUACGUGAUGUGGAGAUUGCGUCAGGGGAAGUCUUCUAUGAAUGCCGAAACGGCGACUUCAGUACAGAUGCUGGAGUCACCAAAGUCUCUAGCGAACAUCGUGCGCGAGACCUUCUUCGCAGAAAAGACUUCAGCUUCGAAGCAUGUGAAGGGCUCCUCAUUGACGUGUGUGAACACUGCCAGGCUAGUAGAAAGCGCAAGAUCAUGGAUGGCACGUGCAGUGUGGCCUUCGGGGCCUACUCCCAUGGGAACCACUAUGGGGUGAUCCGGCGCACGUAUCAGCAUUGGUACGUGACGAAGUAUGUGAAUGCCUUCAUGCGUUUCCAUGGUGCCAAGGGUCAGUGGAGUAGUGUGCAGUUGUGUUUCAAUUGUCAUGUCGGUCCUCAUAAAGACGUUCACAACCUCGGGGACAAUUGGACUAUUUCCUUUGGGGACUUUGAGGGCGGACGUCUUUGGCUAGAACACAACGACCCAACCAAGGUUCCAGACGCCAUUGAGUCCCGCGAGGCGAUCCUUGCCGACGGCUCCAAGGCGAUCGGAUGCUUGGUGGAUACAAGACAUAACAUGUACAAGUUCUGUCCCAAGCGAAAACAUGCCGUAGAACAAUGGACAGGGAAUCGUUGCAGCAUCAUCGCCUAUGUCACUCGUGGGAUUGGUGAGCUUAGCAGGCCCGAACGUGAUGUUCUCAGGAGCUCCGGUUUCCCUUUGGGCAGAAGUGAAGGUGCAUGUGCUUGGGAGAAAGAGCAUGAGACGAGGCCGAAGAAGAGCAUUAGGAAGAACGUUUGGAAGGGAGCUCGAAGGGCAAGUUCGCUCCUCACUCUCAGUCUCGCAGCGGCAUCGUCGUUCAUCUCAGAGAAUAUACCCUUUGGAAAACCACCGCAUCAGGCAUGCCUCUUCGAGAUCGGCGGCAAUGAGUUGACGCUGGACAUGAUCGAGGCGGGUUUUCAGGCCAUCGAACCUCUCAGUUGGGGCGACUAUGUUGAUACUAACCAUGCUCUGAAAGUGACUGACGUGAUCAACAAUCUUAAGCCCAAUGUCGUUUGGUUUCAAGGUUGUGAUGAGAGCAACAAUUUCAUUGAGCAGAUCGUGGCCACUGCCGGACAGCAGCUAGAACAUGGCGGUUCUGUUGUAUACCAUGCCGACAAGAACGAUCAUGUCUGGGAGAAUAGGAUCAUGAAAUGCUUCAUGAAUGAGAACGCUCAUCUUCUAGAAGACCAAGGUGAAGCGUGGCUUCUUCGUGUAGGGGGAGUACUUCAUGAUACCGGAGAUUCAGGCGGAGAAUGCGGCAAUCUUGAACAUGAGGCGCAUGUUGUAUCCCACGAUGAUAAGAAAGAUCGACACGAACCCUUAGGUGCAUCAGCUAUUCACUUCAACAAGAAUGUGCCGAAGCAUGUCCAGGCCGCAUUGACCAGACUACAUCAGAACCUAGGGCACCCAAAGAUCACUGACCUAGUUCGUCAUUUGAGGUUCGCCGGUGCUGACGACGAGGUGAUCAAGGCCUGCAAAGGGAUGCGAUGCGAAGUUUGCGAUCGAAACCAGAGGACCGGGAGCGCUAGACCGGGGGUGCUACCUUCACUUCUAGACAUGAACCAAGUGGUCAGUGUCGAUGUCUUUUCGGUCUUCGACUCGGAUCGUGUGCGGCAUGAGUUUCUCUCAAUCAUUGACCACGCCACUACAUUUCACUUGGUGUGCGAGCUUGAGGGUCACUCCGGCGAGGAUUUCUGUAGGCAGUUCACCCAACUCUGGGGAAACGUUUUCGGGGCUCCUGGGACGAUUUCAGCGGACUUAGAGAGCGGGCUCCAGCUUGGAGUUUCCAAGUACGCGGAGUUCCACGGGUGCCGGGUGAGAUCCUCAGCUGGACAAGCACACUGGCAACAAGGGGUAAUCGAGAGACACGGUUACUGGUACCAGGAGAUACUCCAGAGGGUCAUUGAUGAGAAGUCCAUCACGAGUGACGACAUGUACAUGGCGGUCCAGGCGGUGAACAGCGCUAAGAAUGAACUUCGACGUAGACAUGGUUUCUCCCCUACACAAGCCGUAUUCGGUAAAGACCCCAGAGCACCCGAAGAACUAGAGUCCGGAGUUGACGAGGAGAGAUUCAUCGAGAUCAUGUCCGGUGACCAACGUCGACAACGUGAAGUUAGCAUCAGAGCCUCGGCACGCAUGGCAUUCUUCAGAACUCAGAUCGACUCGAAAUUUCGCAGAGGGAUGAUCCAGAGAGCGCGUGUCAAGAGAGGCGGUUAUGCGGUCGGAGAGCUUGUAUGUUUCUAUAGGAUCGAGAAGAUUGCUACAAAACGUGGGCAAUGGCGGGGACCGGGCACCAUCAUUGGCCACGAAGGCGGCAACUGGUGGGUGUCGUUCGGGGGACGUUGUCACUUGGUUGCCGAAGAACACUUGAGGCCGGCUACCUCUGAAGAGCUCGGAGAGCUCUUCUCCACCAGGAUUGUGAGGGACGAUUUGGAGAAACUCCUCGAGUUGGAUCCUGAUGACCCCGACACAUACCAACCCCCUGAUGAAGAGAUCCCAGAGUUUGAAGAUCCGUUCCAGGAGUUCCCAAACAACGACCUCGAGGACAUGGACUACGAGCCCAGUCUCCCCGAGGAAGAUGGACAGGACAUGGUUGUUGAUGACGAUGUUCGGGGUGCUAAGCGUGACGGUGACCCUUCUGAUGUGCCUCCUGUUGUUUCUAGACGGGUUCGAAGAAAGGGCCAGGGAGUUCGUGUCCAUUCAGCCAACAUGUUGAAGCGGUGCCAAACGGAGCGAGCCCUCGAAAAGCAGCUCGAAAAGGAGAUACCUUGGAAGUUGGUGCCUCCGGAAGAACAUGCUGCAUUUCGUGCCGCGGAACUAAAACAGAUGAAAGAGCACUAUGAACAUGAUGCACUGGAACCUCUUUCGGUCGAAGAAUCCGCCGAGGUGAACGAUCGUGUACACAGCAGCAGGAUCCUCUCUUCGAGAUUCGCAUAUCGAGAUAAACAUUGGAGUCGUCGGAAGAUCGAUGCGAGUGUUCCUUGGAAACACAAAGCACGCUUAGUAGUCUCAGGACACAGAGACCCAGACAUCCAACACCUUGAGACGGAUGCUCCCACCAUCGGGCGCCUCACAGUUCUCACUUUGCUGCAGAUAGUAGCCAGUCGUCGUUCGAAGUUAGGAUGGAUGGCAUCAGCUGGAGACAUCACGGCGGCAUUCUUGAACGGAGACCCGUUGGAGAGGGAACUGUAUCUUCGUCAGCCUAGAGGUGGUGUGGAAGGUCUUCUACCAGAACAGCUUUUCAGGGUGAAGAAAGGGAUAUUCGGGCUACCCGACUCGCCUAGGAAGUGGUGGCGGAGAUUGAGGCGAGAUAUGCUGAGCAUCAAGAUCGAUUUCCAAGGACUGACUCUUCGGUUCACACAAUGCCCCUUGGAUCCAUGUCUAUUUCAGCUGUGCGAUCCCGAAUCUGGCAAACCACUCGCUUAUGUCGGGGUUCAUGUCGAUGAUCUCUUAACGGUAGGCCCUAGAGACCUUGUGGGCUGUAUCAAGAGCUCGCUGUCUGCAGUGUUUCCAGUGGACGACUGGGAAGACGACAUGUUUGAGUAUAUCGGAUCUCACGUCAAGGUCAGCGAAGAGGGCGUCUUUGUGGGUCAGGAGUCUUAUGCUAGUUCCAGGUUAUUCGAAGUUGAAGUACAGAAGGGUCAAGAUGAACUGGAACAAGCAACAGAGGCGCAAAGGGUCGACAACCAAUCCCUUAUUGGUGCCUUGUCUUGGUUGAGUGCACAAUCGAGACCAGAUCUUCAGUGCAGUGUGUCACUUGCGCAACAACUCCAGAAAACCCCGACGGUUGAGGAUAUCAAGUUCACCAAUAAGAUCGCAAAGAGAGCUUGGGAGCACAGGGAUAAGGGGAUCUGGCUUCGUCCACUUGACUUGUCAUCCUUGGAAUACUUAGUCUAUCACGACUCUGCCUGGGCUAAUGCACUGUUGGAAGGGGAAGAGCACUUUAUUCUGAGUCCCGAAGAUCAUGAAAAGGGGACUAUGAAGGAAGGCCCCUUCGACAGGAAGGCACGAAAAGCCAAGAAGGAGAAUUCCAAGGUUGCUAGCCAAAUGGGCAUCCUCAUUGCCCUCGUUGAUGCGAACGGCUUCAAAAGUGGAGGCGGCGAGGCUAGCAUCAUCGAUUGGAAAUCUACGGCUAAUCCUAGGGUAUGCCGAUCAACCUUCGCUGCCGAGACCACUGCCUGUUCUGAAGCCGUGGAGAUGGGCCAGUAUGUCCGCUCAUUCGUGGAAUCAGUGCUACACGGAAGCCUGAAGAAGAUUAACGAUGUUGCGGGAUCCAAGCUCAGAUGCCUGACAGAUUGCAAAUCCCUCUAUGAUCAUCUUCACCGUGAAGGAGUACCGCGGGUUCCGUCAGACAAACGCCUGGCUAUAGACCUAGCUGCUCUUAGACAAACAUUCGACCUGGAGCGCGUCCGGGAUAGAAUUCCUCUUUAUUGGGUGCCAACCGAGUUCCAACUUGCCGAUAUCUUGACUAAGCCGAAAAGUCCGGAUGGCUGGUGGGACACAAUUUGCAGUUGCAUCCGAUUACCCUUCGUCAAGAGAGUAGGCGAAACCUCCGAAUAG